AUGGUGGAACCGCUGACGGCUACAGAGGGCUCCUGGUUCGCGUAUCUGACCCCGAGGCCCACUGGGGUGGCCGGCUGGCUGCUGCCCCGCAAGGACAGCGCCAAGAAAGUUGCACGCCUCAUCUCAGCCGUGUCUGCCAGCUGGCAAGAUGAUGCCCCUGUCGCUGACCUGUCGGCGAGCUUCAACGACGCCAAGCUGCCCGCCUCCUGCCCGGCCCCCACCACCGCCGCCGCAACCGCCGCCGCGGGCGGCGCCGCCGCGGGCGCGGCCGUCGCGCCUGGGGCCUGUCCCGGCGGGCAGGCGGUAACGAACAGCUCGCACUCCUUCAUAUUCCCCUGCGGCGGCCUUACUGUGAAGCAGGGGCUGUACAGCCUCGCGUCAGACCUGUACCGCGUGGCCCCCUUCGUGCACUGCGCGCCAGACAGCAGCGCGGCCGUCGCGUUUGUGGGCCACCUCUCAAACCUGCAGGAGCUGGCCGCGCGUUACUGCAGCCCCUCGGGCACCCCCAAGCGCGCCGGAUCCGACGACAACAACUACCCUGCGCCCGCGGGCAGCCUCGCGCGCGCGGGGUCGAUCGGGCGCAGCCGCGACAUGGGGGCGCUGACGGCGGCCGUGGUGCUGAGCAUGUACCAAUCAGAGGACGAGCUGGUGCUGCUGAGCGAGCUGCAGGGCCAAUUCGCGUUCAUCGUGCUGGACAACGCGAAGAGGCAGGCGUUUGCGGCGCGCGACCCCUCGGGCGCAGAGACCCUCUUCUACCGCAUCGGGGACGACGGCAGCGCCGCGUUCGCCAGCAGCAGCGCCGCAAUCCCAGAGGAUGACCCGGCCGACGCGGCCGGCGGCGGCGACUGGCGGGAGCUGCCGCCGGGGCACUUCAUCUCAAAGGGCCAUACGCUGCAGCAGUUUGCGCUCACGCCGGCGCAGCUGCAGGUCCGGGAGCUGAACGGUAACCUGGCUCCCAGGGCGCCGGCGCCGCGGCCCCCCAAGGGCCGCGCGAGCCUGGAGAACAACAUACGCCAGGGCCGCGAUUUGGAGAGCCUGGACCUGUUUGGGUUUGGCAUGGACGUCUGA